AUGCUCUUGAGCCAUACGCGCAUGCCAAAUGAAGUGCUGCAGCACAUCGCUCAGUGCCUGCAAGACGGCAAGGCGAUGCAUGCUUUUCUAUCGGCGUUGCCAGACGCUUGGCUCACACCGCCCAUGGUCGCGCUUGCCACGCUUUACAAGGCCGUCCGCAGCGACCAGCUCGCCGAUACCAACAUGACGUGGCUUUGGCCCGAGCUGGACAUGCGGAACCUCGCGUCCAUCCCCGGCGAGUUCGCUCCAGCCUUCCACGCCUACGCGACGAUGCUUCCAAGGCUGCAAGCCGACCUCAAGUUCCAUCGCCAUGUCAGCCUUCCGCGAGACACUCCAGUAGCGCGGAAAUGUAUCGUGUCGACCAAAGAGCUCGCAACAGCUCUCAACGACUGGGCGCAGCAGCUGCAGAGCCUCGGACUAACCCAAGACCCCGACGCUUUGCCGACGCAGCACCUCUGCAACGCGCUGCCCAGAUUACCCAAGCUCCGUCACCUCGACGUCCUGUGGCAAGCUGACGCACACGCAGAAGAGACUACGGUUCUUCUCCAUGCUCUUAGCGACUACUCGAACGUCACGGAGCUCUGGCUGCGCUACGAUUCCAACUCGAGCUCGCCGCAGUGGACCGCGACCGAGGUCACGGCGCUUGUACGAUGGCUCCAGGCCAACUCCGUCACCGCGGUCGGUCUCGUGGAUGUCCCCAUCGGCGAUGCGAAUGCAAAAGUGCUCGCACGCGCGCUGCUGCAAUCCCAAACGCUCAAGUCCCUCCACGUCGAUGACGGACAAUUGCCGCGCACGCUCUUCAGCCUCGGGCUGUCGCUUCCGACCCAGCUCGAGUCGCUCAACACCUACGUGCGACACAUCCAUGACGUACUUGGCUUGACGCAGACCAUUGCUGGCUCCAACCUGCGCACGUUGGUUGUCGGAACGGUGGUCCCGCUGGAAUGGGACGCGAUGCUGGCAACGAACCUCAUGAACGCCAUCACGAGCCUUCCGCGGCUGCGGCAUCUUUUUCUGGACCACACAGCGCUCCCACUGCCGUCGGUCGUGCGACUGAGCGAGCGACUACCUUCGCUCACAACUCUGCGGCUGUAUGACACGAACCUCGAUGACGCUGGCGCGGCUGUGCUUGCCCGUGCCCUUCCUAGCUGCCGCCAUCUCGAGACAUUGGGGCUCAUCAAGGAAAAUUGCACGUACGUUGCUGCAGAGCUGUUGGCCAAAAACAUCCCGUACUGUCCAUCGCUCAAGACGCUCAACUUGGAUGGCAGCCCGAUUGGCUCGCGCGGUCUUGUCGCAUUGCUUCCCGUCGUGCGCUGCCUCGACACUCUCAGUCUGCCUGGUUGCGGCAUCGAUGACGGCGGUGCGGCGGCGCUCUGUCGUGUGAUGGACUCGACCGACCACCUCUACAAACUCGACUUGAGCUGCAACCUCCUCUCGAAAGUCGCUGUGAAGAGGAUCAUCCGGGCGCUCUCAAAACGGGCGACUCGGUGGGGCGCCGUCUACCUCUGCGACAUCAUUCAAGAUGAAGGAGAGCUGGACGAGUGCAUGUGGAAGUACCUCCGCAACGAGUCGUGGUGCUACGUGUAG